AAUCUACAACUGCAAUACCUCCUCACCACCUCAAAAAGAGAGAAAAACAAACCCAAAAAAAGAAAAGAAUUUAAAAGGAAAAAAAAAUGAGAAAUUUUAUUGGGUGCUUUUAACAGAGAGAAUAAAAAUUAGUCUUUUAUUAAUGAAUAAAAUCAUAAUCAAAGAGCCAAUUAGUAAUAAUUCUGUUUCUCUCUCUAUCUCUCUCUAUAUAUACAUAUAAAUAUAUAUUUAUAUAUAUAUUCACCAUUCGAGCUCCAUUUUUUGGUCAUUUUUGGCCCUUUGAUUCUCUGUUUAUCGGAAAAUGGAUGGGUCAAGUCACCGAGGUGGGAGUAGUGCUGAUGUGUUUUUGCCAAAUUAUAAACUUGGUAAAACUCUUGGAAUCGGUUCUUUUGGAAAGGUGAAAAUUGCAGAGCAUGCAUUGACGGGCCACAAAGUUGCCAUCAAGAUACUCAAUCGUCGAAAAAUAAAAAACAUGGAGAUGGAGGAAAAAGUGAGAAGAGAAAUCAAAAUCUUGAGGUUGUUUAUGCACCCUCACAUUAUAAGACUUUAUGAAGUUAUAGAAACAUCAACUGAUAUUUAUGUUGUCAUGGAGUAUGUCAAGUCUGGGGAGCUCUUUGACUAUAUUGUGGAGAAGGGUAGGCUACAAGAAGAUGAGGCGCGUAAUUUUUUCCAGCAGAUAAUUUCCGGUGUGGAAUACUGCCAUAGGAAUAUGGUUGUUCAUAGAGACCUGAAGCCUGAGAAUUUGCUUUUGGAUUCUAAGUGCAAUGUGAAAAUAGCAGAUUUUGGCUUGAGUAAUAUAAUGCGAGACGGUCAUUUUCUAAAGACAAGUUGUGGAAGUCCAAACUAUGCUGCACCAGAGGUCAUAUCUGGGAAAUUGUACGCGGGGCCUGAAGUGGAUGUAUGGAGCUGUGGUGUUAUAUUGUAUGCUCUUCUCUGUGGUACCCUUCCUUUUGACGAUGAAAACAUUCCCAAUCUCUUUAAGAAAAUCAAGGGUGGGAUAUAUACUCUUCCCAGCCAUUUAUCACCUGGUGCAAGAGAUUUGAUCCCAAGGAUGCUUGUGGUUGAUCCAAUGAAGCGAAUGACCAUCCCUGAAAUCCGUCAGCACCCAUGGUUCCAAGCUCGCCUUCCACGUUAUUUGGCUGUCCCUCCACCAGACACAAUGCAACAAGCUAAAAAGAUUGAUGAAGAGAUUCUCCAGGAAGUGGUCAAGAUGGGAUUUGACAGGAACCAACUUAUUGAAUCUCUUCGCAACAGAUUACAAAAUGAUGCCACUGUUGCAUACUAUUUGUUAUUGGACAAUAGGUUCCGCGUUUCCAAUGGCUAUCUUGGAGCUGAGUUUCAAGAAACAAUGGACACUUGUUACAACCGUAUGCAUGCAAAUGAACCUUCUUCUCCAUCCGUUGGGAACCGCCUUCCAGGAUACAUGGACUAUCAAGGAAUGAGUUUAAAAUCACAGUUCCCAGUUGAUAGGAAAUGGGCUCUUGGACUUCAGUCACGAGCCCACCCUCGUGAAAUAAUGACAGAAGUUCUCAAAGCUCUACAAGAACUGAAUGUGUGUUGGAAGAAAAUUGGUCACUACAAUAUGAAAUGCAGGUGGAUUCCUGGCAUUCCUGGUCAUCAUGAAGGCAUGGCUAAUGACCCUGUGCACAACAAUCAUUUCUUUGGGGAUGAAUCCACUAUUAUUGAGAAUGACGGAGUUGCCAAGACACCAAAUGUGGUGAAGUUUGAAGUGCAGCUUUACAAAACUCGCGAGGAGAAAUACUUGCUCGACUUACAAAGGGUACAGGGGCCGCAGUUUCUCUUCUUGGAUCUUUGUGCAGCUUUUCUUGCACAACUUCGAGUCCUUUAGCCUGAGGCAGAGUAGGCUCUCAAGAAGAUCUCUCUCCAUGGAUCUCUUGUUAUGCCUGUGAAUAAGAAAAUUGCAAUAUGUAUAUAACUGUCAUCAGUCUGACUCUUAUGUGAACUUUCUUACUUUUCUACCUCAAUUUUAUAUGUGGGUAAUUGUUGUGUGAAGCCAACAUCCAACACUGAAGUUGGCUAUAUCACUAGUAGUCUGUUUUUAACAGUCUGCUUUCUUUUUCACUAGGAUUUCCUUUUAAUGUCAUUAACCCUAUGGGAAUUUUCAUAAUUUUUAAGGGUAACCUCUUCUUCUAUUGA